AUGAAGGAACUCAUAGAGAGCGUGCUGCAGCUCAUCGACCCAGAUGAAGAAACGGAGACCUACUUACGAGAAAGGAUAAACGACGAAAAGGACAUAAUUCAGAAAAAGGGAGUAGACUAUUUGUACGAUUUGGUCUCUACCUUCUCGGAUGCAAAAAUAAAGAAGAGCACCGUUGAAGAUAUUUUUAACAAACAUAUGAAAAGAGAAAAUGGAGUAGGGACUGAUGAGAAAAAAAAUGAGGAUAGUCAAAAACUGGCCGAAAUGGUGAACUUAAAGGAAUACUGGAAAAAAAAUGAUGUGGUAGGAUAUUAUGACCCGUUUUUAGGGAUACAGGAAAAACAGAUUAAUUACAAUACGAGCAUCCCUAUCAGUGAAAGCAUAAGAAUAAGUAAAGAAAAAGAAAAACAAAGACAGAAACAACUGAACUUGUUUAAAGAAUGGGUAAAAAAUAAAAUUAAAAUUCCAUCCCCUGUACGGGUGCACAAUUUGUUACACUGUUCUGAUUCAAGUAAAAACAAAACGAAAAUUGAAAAAAUGUAUGACAUCCGAAUUGAUAAUUUUACGCUAAGCAUUGGACAAAGGAGUUUACUAACGGAUACGACUCUAAAAAUAAACGUCAUGAAUAAAUAUGGACUGAUAGGAAAAAAUGGAAUCGGGAAAAGUACCCUCUUGGCGAAGCUAGCUAGAUACGAAAUUGAAGAAAUUAAGAAAGAUAUAUCCAUAGCAUGUAUUGAGCAGGAUUUAUUUCUUGAAGAUGUGACCGUGCUGGAGUGUGUUCUGAUGGUCGACAAACUAAGACAUGAUCUGUUGACAGAAUUGGAACGACUGGAAUUAAAAAAGAGCAAGUCGGCUCCCAGUCGGGGGGGUCCAGACGGAGAAACUAAUCAAGGGGGAGAGAAGCAGAAAUGUAAGGAGGAAGAGGUGGACAAAGGGGGCGAACGGGGCGAAACGGGCCAAGGGCACGAAACUGGCGAAAGGGAUGAACGGGACGAACGGGGCGAAGAGGACGAAAAAGACAUCGACCUAAAGAUACUAACCAUUUAUGAAAAACUGAACAGCAUUAACUACUUAGAAGCGGAAAAGGAAGCCAGCAAAAUUUUGUGUGGGCUAGGUUUUGACUCAAAUUUACAAAAGAAAAAAGUCAACUCCCUCAGCGGAGGCAUGAGAAUGAGACUCUGUCUAAGCCGCAUUCUGUUCAGCAACAAUGAUAUCAUAUUGCUAGAUGAGCCGACGAACCAUCUGGAUAUCUAUACCAUACAAUUUCUGAUAGAUUAUAUAAAAAAAUUAAAUAAGACGUGCAUUAUUGUCUCCCAUGAUAGAGAUUUUCUGAAUGAAGUUUGCACCGAUAUUAUUCAUUUUCAUCAGAAGCAGUUAACCUAUUAUUCUGGAAAUUAUGACCAGUUUGAAAAAACUAGAGUAGAACAUCUACUGCAACAACAGAGAGAACAUGAUUCCAUUGAAAUGAAGAAAAAACACGUGCAGAAAUUUAUAGACCGAUUUAGAUGCAACUCCAAAAGAGCAGCUUUGGUCCAAAGCAGAAUAAAACUUUUAAACAAAUUACCUGUAGUAAAUUUAGAAAAGGAAGAAACUCCAUUCAGCUUUUCCUUUCUUGAACCUUUUUACACAUCUAAUGUGCUCAUACGGCUCAAAAAUAUUUCCUUUAAAAAUGAAAUGUUUAAAAAUUUACAAAUAAAAAAGAACGCAAAUAUUAUUAUAGCCGACAAUGUGGAAGACACCAAUGGGAAAGUUAACGGGAAGUCACACGACGGCACCAAAGGGGAAGAUACAACUACAGCACGUAGCGAUGAUUAUCAGUUUAGACAUGAAUUUUUAUUUAAAAAUGCUACCUUCGAAGUAGACAUGGACUCUAGAAUUGCCAUAUGUGGGGUUAAUGGAAGUGGAAAAACGACAUUAAUUAAAAUUAUUUUAAACCUAAUAGACACUUUCGAGGGGGAGUUACAUGUGAGCAAUAAGGCUAAUAUCGGUUACUACUCCCAGUAUCAUGUAGACAGCUUAAAUCCUAUAUUUAACUCCAUUCAGCAGCUGCAGUACAAUUAUUCCCACAAAAAUAUAAAAGAAGAAGAAGCUAUAAAAUACUUCAACAAAUUUAACAUUCCGACGAACGUUUUAUACGAACCAAUUUAUGUCCUUUCUGGAGGCCAGAAAAGCAAAUUGGCACUAGCCAUUUUGGCUUAUAAAAAUCCAAAUAUCUUAAUUCUUGAUGAACCGUCCAAUCACCUUGACAUUGAAUCCGUUCAAGCUUUAAUUGUCGCCUUAAAUCUGUACAAGGGAGGACUCAUUAUUAUUAGUCACGAUACGUAUUUGAUAAAACAUGUAGCAGAUGAAAUAUAUCACAUAAACAACCUGACGAAGGAGUUGAUUAAAAUUGACUAUGACUUCGAUAAAUAUGCCAAGUUGCUCCUAGAAAAUAAGAUAUAG